AUGAGCGGCCCCCGCACGACACGCAUCGGCUUCAGCAGCAUCCUGCCUACGACCGGAGGCUCUCGGGGUCUGGGCGACACGACCGAUGCCAUAACUCAGCAGGACAACGCAUUGUGAGACCUCGGGAGGACAAAACGAGGGACACACACACACAGACACGCACACAGUGUCGUUUCGGUGGCGCAGGUUGAGGGAUGUCAGGCGAUUCGUCAGGGGGUACAAGGGCAAGCGUGUCAUCAUCCUGUUGACCGGAGUGCCAGGGUAGCACACAGGAAGGACAUCGUCCUAUUUCUUGUGGUGGUCUUUCCUUUGUUCAUUCAGCGUCGGCAAGACGACACUGUGCAACCACAUCCGCAGUAUAAUGAACGCCAAGGGCCCGUACGACAACUAUAUCGCGGUAAGCGGCUCGCUCACCCUGUCAGUCACAUCCUCCUUCGGCUGCAGUAUUCCCGCACGGCUCCCGGCAGCCACUCAGGCAGCGUCACGGGCCUGUUCGAGACGUGGAUGCUGGGCGGCAACGGGCGCGUCUGUCUGCAGGACGGCAAAGGUAUGCAUGCAGUCCAAUCGUUGUAGUCGCUCAGUCAGUCAUCAUGCCUUUCGCCGCCUUCAUCGCGAUCUUCUCUCUCUCGCUCUCUCUGUCUCUCUCUCUGUGUGUGUGUGUGCAUGUGCAGGUCUUGACGAAGGCGACACGGACCUGCUGGAUCUUGCCGUCACGGGCCGCCUGAGAAAUGGGUAUGACAUGACGACUCCGAUGGACAAGAUCAAGGAGGUGCUGGCCAAGAAGGGCAUGGGAAGGACGCUCACAGAGGAGGAAAAGAAGACCCUCGAUCACCUGCGGUAGGCCUGGCCAGGCUGAAUGUCUACACACGUUGUAAAUCUAGUCAUUCGACUCUGUGUGUGUGUGUGUGUGCUUGUUUUUCAUUCAGGAUGGGUGCUGACGAUGAUCCCGAGUUGGAGUGUUUCCGUCCCAGUGCCGUGUUCGUGGUACUCGAUGCGACGGCCAUUGGUGACCGAGACGGCGUGACCAUGGUCAAGUAUUGUGACAUGAUCGAAGUCAUCCACAGUUAGUAACGGCACAGUGGAGAAACUCGUUGCUGUGUCUUUCUGUCUCGUGUCUUGCCUUGUGUGCGUAUGUGUGUGUAUGUGUGUGUAUGCAGAGCACAAGGUAAAGCUUUGCAUCAUUCUCAACAAAUGUGACAAGCUCAUCGACGACCCCAAGGAGCGCGACGCCAUCUGGAACGACCCCAUGUCGAUCCUGGAGAGACCUGAGGUGGAGAGGCUGAUCGAGGAGGUCUCGGAGGACCUGGGGUGAGUGAGCACAAAAGAGGCGUGAGUGAGUGCUUAGUCGACCUGUCUGUCAUAUGUCUGUGUCGUGACAUGCAGCGUGGAGCCUUUCGACGUGUAUCCGAUGCUUGCUAAGCCCAAGAGGAAGGAACUCAGCCCCGCACACAGCCUGCUCGUCAUUCGACCGUUUGGCUUCAUCCUCAGCGAGCUCAGGCGACGCUACAGAGAGUGAGCACGCAGCACAGCCACACCCUACGGGCAUUGCGAUUGAAUGCACUUUUCGUCUUAUCAUCCGCGUGAAUGUGUGUGAAUGUGUGUGUACACAGAGAGCUGUACGAACCAGGAGCGUACUCGGACGUGGAGGACCCCGAGUCAGACGAGGAGGAGGUAAAGCGACAUGACACACGCACGCGCCCAUGGAUGCACGCAUGUCCUCUGUCUUGGACGGAUUCUUCUCUCUCUGUACGUGUGUUGCCUCUCAAGU